AUGCAUGAGGUUGGAAACCCUCAAUGCCCUUCCCUGUGUGUCGGCAACGGACGGCAUGAAUGGACUGCAUAUUCCUCUAUGGAAAGCUUGUCACUCUGUGACCAGCCCAUGCUCUUCGACUUUGCCAUUCAUGUUCGUGUUGAUGAUCCUGAAUCUACACUCAGAUUCCGCGCUUGUACUGCAGCAAACAUGACUGAACGACAAGUCCUCAACUCGACGCAUCAUGGAAGUCAGCACAGCGAAACGCAUAUGCCCGGCGAUGCUCACCUUUCCAGCGCUGAUAUUGCACGGUGGUCUCCAGGCGAGGCUGAAAGCGGACUGAAUGCUGUGGUAGCAUUUGAUAGUCUUCGGCAUCAUCUUGGCGAGGCAACUGAUUCAGGAGAGAAUAUCAUCCUCUUUGCCUCUGUACACAAUACCGUCCUUGGACUCUACGUCGGUGCGAGCGUUGAUGCAGCCAGUGCCGUGUCUGCUCUUGCGCCAGGCCUCGUCGACAGCCCGUAUACAACCGGUGCCUCCCGAAGCUUGGCCCAGAUUUGUGGACAAGGCAGAAACUCGGAACAUACCGUGGGCGUUGCCAUUAGCUUUGAGAAUGACCUUGCUGCCGUCCAGAGCUGUGUUGCAUCUUGGAGCAGGGCGGAAUGCGCGCCAACUGAUGAUUCGUCAGAAAUAAGCACCCUGACCGACUUGAAUAUCUGGACACGGUCAGACCUGCCAGGUCGUCCCCUGACCCGACAUUCUCACACUCAUCUCCACCCGCGAGGCGAGUGCAAGGCCAUCAAAGUCGUCCCUGGCGACUCGUGUGCAAGUCUCGCCUCCAAAUGUGGCGUCAGCGGAGCCAACUUUGAGAGAUACAAUAGCUAUGACAAGAGACUCUGCUCUAAGUUAGCCGUCGGAAAGCCUGUCUGCUGCUCUCCUGGAAAGCUGCCCGAUUUGCGACCCAAGCCCAAGCCGAGCGGAGAGUGUGCCACUUAUACCGUCAAGAGUAGUGACACUUGUGCGGAUAUUGCUGCUUCAAACGGCCUCGAAACAACCGACGUGGUGGAGUUUAAUAGGAAGACUUGGGGCUGGAAUGGAUGCAAAUCUCUUCUCGUUGGUCAGUCCAUCUGCCUUAGCAAAGGGACUCCUCCUCUGCCGGCUCCUGUGCCCAAUGCAGUAUGUGGGCCAACCAAACCCGGGACCAAGAAGCCACCAGCGGGUGUUGCACUUGCUACCCUCAACCCGUGCCCCUUGAACGCUUGCUGCAACAUAUGGGGCAGUUGCGGGACAACGAAGGAGUUCUGCACCAUCUCCAGGUCUGGAACCGGGAAUCCGGGCACGUCUCGGCCUGGGGAGAACGGAUGCAUUUCCAACUGUGGCAUGGGCAUCGUGAACAACAAAGAGGCACCCGACAGCUUCAAGAAGGUGACGUACUACGAGUCGUGGAAUCUCGACCGCUCAUGCAUGCACAUGGACGUCCGAACGGUGGGCGACCUGGGUCAAGGAUACACGCACCUGCAUUUCGCCUUUGUCAACAUCACCAAGGACCUCAAAGUCAGCGUCCAGGAUCCGCGCGGCCAGUUUGAGCACUUCAAGGGCUUGAGCGGCAUCAAGCGCAUCGCGGCCUUUGGCGGCUGGUCGUUCUCUGUCGGCGUCGACACUUACGCCACGCUUCGUCAAGCAAUCAAGCCGGAACAUCGCGAGUUCUUCGCCACCCAGGUUGUCGACUUUCUGAAGCAGCACAAGCUGGACGGCGUCGAUUUUGACUGGGAGUAUCCCGGCGCUACCGAUCUUCCCAUUCCUGCCGGAUCCCCAGAGGACCCUGCCAACUAUCUCAGAUUCUUGCAGCUCUUGAGAAAGAAGCUGCCAGCGGAGAUGAGUCUUUCGAUCGCGGCGCCUGCGUCAUUCUGGUACCUCAAAGCAUUUCCCAUUGCCGACAUUGCAAAGACGGUCGACUACAUCGUCUACAUGACAUAUGAUCUUCAUGGCCAGUGGGAUUUCAACAGUCGAUGGGCCAGCGAUGGAUGCCCAAAAGGCAGCUGCCUGAGAUCUCAUGUCAACAUGACGGAGACGCUUAAUGCAUUGGCCAUGAUCACAAAGGCCGGUGUCGAGGCGAGGCAGGUUGUUGUCGGCGUUGCAAGCUACGGACGCUCCUUCGAGAUGAACGACCCCAAGUGCAAAGGGCCCAUGUGCACUUUUACAGGUCCCCAGUCUCUGGCUGCCCCGGGGGGAUGCACCAAUUCAUCCGGCUACAUCUCCAAUGCCGAGAUACUGGACAUUAUGGAGGAUAGGAAGAGUUAUCCUGUCCAGGCGUGGUACGAUGAGAAAACAGACAGCGAUUAUCUCAUAUAUAAUCGUGAGUACUCGAAGACACAAUGGGUCGCGUACAUGAGCAAGUCGGUCAAGGAGGCCAGAAUCAAGAAGUACCAGGCUCUCAACUUUGGCGGCAUCUCAAACUGGGCCAUCGACUUGGAAGAAUGGUGG